UAUCCCACGACACGAGGAAACCCAUUUCAAUUUCUAUUCUGUUUCUUCUUCUUUUCUCAUCUCAACUGAAAAAAUAAAUAGUUGCUCAGAUCCGUGUUACUCUCCCCAGACCCAAUUGCGUCAAAUUCACGAUGAUCACCAUCAUGAUGGUCGCCGACACCGUCGCCGUAACCGCCGCCAAAGGCCUCGGCGUCCUUCGGGCCUAUCAAUCCACCUGUAACUUUUCCGUCGCCGAUCAGAUCUCCGCCAUGAUUCAGACUUACGACGCCGUCGCGCCGCCGCCGGUCAAGCCUACUACCUACAGGCUAAGACGCCGAACGCUCCUCCGGAGAAAACAACUUACCAAACGCAGAUUAUCAGGUGACGACUCCGGGGACGCCGGGAACGAGGGGUUCCUCUUCGGUGACGGCGGAGACGGUCCUUUUGGAGGUGGAGGUGACUUCGGUGGCGGCGGCGUCGGUGGUGGUGGUUGGAAUUUCAAUAGAUUUGGGGGUGGAAACAAUUGGGAUGAACCGUCAUCUUCGGUUCCGGACCCUGCGUUCGAUUUCGUGUAUCAGGUGCUGUCGUGGAUUAUGCUCUCGAAUUGCUUGCAUUUUUCGUUCAAGAGGAUUGUUCGAAUUGUUGCAGCGGGGUCGAUUGUGGAUUCCGAUAGGGAAAAGGUUCCCGCCAGAUUGGUUCCAAUUUGCUGAUUUGGUACCCUUUUAAGCCGGUUCAUGGAUCAAAUCAUCCAUAAUUACGCAUUGCAUCCCUGUUUAAAUUGUGCAUUUGCUGUAAAUAAUGUUGUAUAUAAUAAUUUAUCAUUUAAUUGACUAAUUCCAAGGUAAUUAUUUUGCUGUACUUAUGGUUUGUCUUAGUGAAUUGUUUAUAAUUUGAUAGAUAGUUUGGGCACAUUGACUCGUUUAUAGCUAAGUUAUACCCUUUACAUGUUUAGUGGAAGAAAUAAGUUUCUAGGUUGAAUGAUUCAUUACCGCAUCAUCAUUUGGGGAAGUACUGCAUUGAAGGCAUGUAUCAUCCCUCUUAAAUGUUUUAGAUAUUAAUCCUGUAUAGAGGCAAUAACUUUUUGUGGA